CCCUCCACAGUUUUACUCGAUGCAGUCUAGCACUACCAACCAACUCGCUCUUGGCGGCUUCAAACAAAGAACCACCGAGAUCCACCGUGGAUCCAAGGAAAGGAUGGAGGUAUGUAGUUGCUGGGUUGUAAGUACCCAGGAUCCUCCCGUUGAUGACCUUUUUACUACACUGGGUUGCUCUUCUUAUUAAAGAACAGCAUGGACAACCGGGCCAUGCCCACGAGCACGAAUCUCGCUUACCGAACCGGCAACGCGGAAGACAACAAUGAAGAGGCGAAGAAACAGCGCAGACGCCUCCAGAACCGGGUGAAUCAGCGGGCUAGAAGGCAACGGCUCCAGGAGUCGGCCGCCGAGGACCAGGACCAGGGCCGGAACAGGGCGAAGCGGCCGUACCGAGUUGAUAGAUGGCGCGUGGAAGAACUCGAGCCUAAUCAGGACAGUAAGAAGGGAAAAAAGGAGGAGAAGAGUCCCGAAGAUGGUCUCGCAGUACAGAGCCAGGGGGUACAACCAGCAACGCAGCACGGGUUCGAUAUCGAUUCGCUCUACCCGCGGCAGCACACCACGUUCUCUGUCUCCAUCUCACCAGACCACCAUCUCCUCCGGAUCAUCCACCUCAAUGUCUACCGUGGCCUGCUCCAGAAUAAAAUAUGUCUGUGGCGCUUUACAUCCUAUGAGAAGAUUGAAGCAUCACAUGACCCCUGUGGAAUCGACCCAGACCUCCAUGGGUCGUCGCUGUUAACGCUCCGUACUACAAGUACAUUUACGAAUACAACUACGGCCACGGCCACGGCCACUGGGUCUACCCAGAGUAAGAACAAGCAGAAGGAAGAUUAUUCUAUACUGCCGGAUACCCUCUCCCCCACCGAGAUACAGAGGAGCCGCAUCCACGAGAAGUGGAUCAACAUCUUCCCAUUCCCGCGGAUGCGCGAGAACUUGAUUCGGUGGGAGAAGCACUUCGACCAUAUUGAAUUUGCGUACGACGUGAUAGGGUUUUACACGGGGAGUAAGGUGCAGCAAAGGAUUCAAUCGCUAACUCGAAGGAACCCUGGCUCUGGCUCCGUGGCUGGUGCCGGUUCGGAUCGAGUAGAUGUAGAUUCGCUCCGUUUACCCGAGGGCCCGACUUUGCAAGGCGAUGCCACCCUUGACGACGAGGUCACGACAGAGCGGAAUGGGCUUAUUCUCUGGGGCGAACCGCAUAGCGCAGAGAGUUGGGAGGUAACGCCUGGAUUCCUGCGGAAGUGGAUGUGGGCUGUAGAAGGGUGCGACCAGCUGAUUGAGUCGACUAACCGAUGGAGGAGGGUGAGGGGGGAGGGGCCGAUUCGGAUUCAGAGAUGGCGGUCUGAGACUGGCUUUGCGUGAGAGAGAAGAAUUGGAUGGGACAAGGCAGACUGGGUGUUGGUUGACUGAGUAUAAGCGCCAGGCCAAGACUCACGAUAGUUUAGCGCGGGCUGUCAGCAGUAGCAGAGACCGCUCGGAGGAUGCGGUCUUUCUUUUUUCUUUUCUGUUCAGUUGGAUCAUAAUAUUGUUUGUCUUUGGGUCUUCGUGAAGUAUGUAUUCCAUCCAGGCUCAGUGUCUUGAUUCGAUCUCAAUCGUCACACUGGAUCGUGCGCGAUACACAAUGUCUUUGCAUCCAACAGAGUUUCUGGAUCUCGCCCUUCGAGAGGCUGAUUCCAGACUCGUGUCUGCAGGGUGAACUCGACCUGCAAGAGCAUGCAUAACUUCCAGGCAGCUCAGGACAUCCAGCGCGUAAAUCCAGGCAA